CGGGAGAGAGGGAUGGAAGGAGACGAGAUGUAUAAAGUGCCCAAGCAUUCCUCCCACUCAUUCUUGUUUUGAGAUCCUUUCAUACUCAGCAACAAUACACGCACACGCCAUCGUUCGCCAGCGACUACAACUAUUCAACCAACCACCCACACCACAUCAAUCACAAACCACCACUCAUCAACAUGGACAAGCUCAAGAACCUCGCCUCCGGAAGCUCAACCAGCAACACGGCCGCUGCCCCAGGCCAGCAAAAGCAAGAUCCUAUUGACAAGGCCUUCGACAUGGGCUCCAAGAAGGCCGGUCACGAUUUCUCCCCCAGCAUGGAUGAGAAGAUUACCGACGGCGCUCGUGGAGUCUAUGAAAAGGUGACCGGAUCGAAGGUCAACCCCAAGAUUUCCAACUAAAUGUACAACACUUGUUCCGAUACCGCUUUUUCACGACAAAGGGAUGAUUGUGGGCAUGACAUCACAGCUCCCAUAUAGCUUUUAAUGAAUUCCCUAUUACCACUCUGUUACCACAUUAUACGUGACAAUUGAAAUUUAUCGUCCACUGGCA